AUGACCGACAGUCCACUGAAGCGGAAACUGCAGUCGUGUGAAAACACUCCGGUUUCAAUCUCUCCAUUCACGAUUGGUCACCGCGGUGGAGGUACACUCCAAUUCCCAGAAGAAUCCAUCCGGUCUCAAGAUGCUGGAGCGCGGAUGGGUGCCGGUAUCUUGGAAUGCGAUGUAGCUUUCACAAGCGAUCUGGGGUUAGUGUGCAGACACGAUCUAUGCGACUUGCACCGAACAACGGAUAUCCUACUCAGGCCCGAAUUGGCAGGAAAAUGCACUAUACCAUUUACACCAGCGAAUGCAACGAGUCCCGCGAAUGCAUUAUGCUGUACAUCAGACAUCACAAUCGAUGAAUUCAGCACCCUCUGCAGCAAACAAGACGGCUUCAACGCCUCAGCCACAACCCCAUUGACCUACCAAGCUGGUACCCCCCUCUGGCGCACAGAACUCUAUGACACGUGCGCCCGCACCCUCACCCUAAACCAAUACAUCGACCUCGUAGACUCCUACCCGGGCUACCGCAACUUCACUCCAGAGUUAAAAACGCCACCCGCUGUCGUCCCCAUGCCUUUCCAGGGAAACUACACACAGCAGCAAUACGCCUCCGACAUGAUCUCUGCAUUCCGCGAGAAGGGUAUCCAUGCGGAUCGCGUGUGGCCGCAAUCUUUCCUAUUCGAUGAUGUCGUGUAUUGGAUACAAAACGACAAAGACUUUGGCGCUCAGGCCGUUUACCUACAAGAAUUCGAUACGCCCGCCGACCUCGCAGCCGGUUUCGCAAAUCUAUCCGACGCCCGCGCUGCGGGCGUGAAUAUCAUCGCGCCAUCGCUGCCCAUGCUACUAUCCGUCGGUGGCGCAAAUAACAACACCGUCGUCGAAAGCGAUUACUCGAAAGCGAUCAAAGCGAAUGGCAUGGAUAUUAUUGCCUGGACGUUUGAAAGGAGUGGGCCGUUGGCGAAUGUGAAGAGGGAUGCGGAGUAUUAUUUUGCGAGUAUUGCGGAUGUGGUCGACCAUGAUGGACAGUAUUAUGAGGUGCUGGAUGUGCUGGUUAGGGAGGUGGGGGUCAAGGGCUUGUUUACGGAUUGGGCGGGGACGGUGAGUUAUUUCGCGAGUUGUUUUGGGUUGGAGGGACCUGUGGGUGGGAGUUAUAGUUGA